UAUUCUUGCAGAAAGGUUUAAAGCAUGCAACUGAUGCUUUAGGAAAUGGAAGGUGCAUCAGAUGGCUUUGAAGUUGUUACAUCAGAAGGGUCAGGUGUGGAGCAAUCACCUGUAUCCUCACAGGGGAAAGCAGUUGGAGAGGCUGGGGACCCAGCAGGGGAACCUCUGCUUCUAGAACCUGCAGGCACUGCACAGUCAGAGAAGGGCUGGGACCAGCAGUCUUCUAGUCUACCCUGCUGGGACCAGCAGAAUAUGGCAAAUGGGACAGAGACAGCAAGCAUGAUUGAGGAUAAUGAAACACUUAGAAAGACUGGGCCUUAUUUUAAUGAAACUGUCCAGUCUGAGAAUCAGAAACAUUUUCCUGGGAAAGUCAUUCAACAGAAUUACCACAUGCCUGAUGUCAUAACUGUCAGAGUACAAAGAGGUUUGGACUCAUUUCAAGAAGUAGAUGUAAGAAUUGAAAGACCUACCUAUGAUAAACCUUUUCUGGGUGGGUUUAGGAACAUGUCAACAGGAGUGGAAUUUCAUAAUGCAGGAUCACAAACAAAAUCCAAAAAACUACCUGACAAAGGAAUUCAGUUGUUUAGUAAGGAAACACAGACGGCUGUGGAAAAAAAUAAGCAACAACAAACAAGAAAUACAACAUCGACACAGAUGACUAAAAAUGGCCUUUAUGUAUCAAACGUGACUGACAAACUAAUAACUCCUGGAAAGUAUUUUACAGCAGAAGAAUGCCAUAAACGUAGACUUGAAGCAGUAAUAGUGUUACAGAAAUAUUUCCGUCGUUGGCAUGCUAUAAAUUUAGUGCAAAAUCUGAAGGAACAAAAGAGGUUAAGGCUGGCACGGGAGGCACAAGAAGAAUUACAGAAAAAAAGGGAGAAAGAAGAAAAAUUGAGAAGGGAGUAUGAGAAAAAACUGAACCCUGAAACAAAAGAAGACUUUGAGCUACUGUACCAUGACUUGAAAUUAUGGAUGCAGGAGGAGACUAAGCGAAUUAACAGAACUCUUACUGGAGCUGAAAGAAAGGCAGCUCUUUGUGCACUUCUGGAAGAAGAGACACAGCUCAUUGCUUGCAUUGGGAUGCACAAACUAGAUGCCAGUCUGGAGAAUCAACAAAAAUCAAUACUGCGCCUUCUGCAUAAGUGUGCACAACCUAGGAGGUGGAAAGCAUUUGAUGGAAAAAUCACUGAAAUGGAUACACAGAGCACACUCAGAGGCAAAGAACUACUUGGAAUCUACCACAGCAUUACCACAAAGGACAUCCCAAAAGAUGAGAGAACAUCUGUGCUGUUAACUGUCAAAUGUACAGUGAAGGAGCAUCAGUGUAAAUUAACACAGGAAAUAGUGGCAUUAAUUGACAGGGAAAUUGAUCUUAUGUCAAGAGAGGUGAAAGAAUGCAACUUGGAAGGACUGAGGAAAAGAAUUUGUACAUUAUUUCUUCAGUAUAUCAAAAUUCCAGAGUUUAACCCUGAAGUUGCUGGGUUACUUAAGGUUCCACAAGAUCCCCUAAAGCUUUAUAAAAAAUUUUACUUCUGUCAUAGCUGUGAAAGUUAUUUAGCAUCUACUGAGUUUCCCAUUCCUGCAAAUUCCCGCACCAUUGGCAGAUGUCGCUCCUGUUAUCGGCUUGAUAAUGAGGCUCGGCAGCGAGAAGCAUAUUUGAAGUACAGACUUAUACUAGAAGAUCUCAGAAAGUCUGAAGUUGAUUAUCAGGAUGAUAGUAAAAUUGUUUUCUUAGUUCAGCUUCCAGAUAUGCAGUACCUGAUUGAGAACAUAUGGAGCUGCCAGUCGGCUCUCAGUGCCUCCAGUGACCUGUAUGAUCUGGUUAUGGUUAGAUGGGAUAAGCAGCAUGAGUGGUCUCCAUGGAACACUAUUCUCCUCACUAGAGAAGAGGCAGAUGCACAUCUUAAGCUGUGUGACCUUCAGAAGACUUAUGAAGCUCCAUUUAUUUACAAAAUGGCACAAAAACAUAUCCAGGCAAAAAACUACUUUGCUCAGAUUCCUGUGAUGUCAUCAUUUUUGCAUAGAAGUAACAAUCAGGCUAAUGCAAAUUCCUGCAGAAAACAUAGUUCUUCGAAGUUAAAGAAGUGAACUAAGUUCUUAGGUUUUAAAGAAAUACACAUUUUCAUCAAUACCCUAAUUGUAUUACACAGAUCAAAAUAAACUAAGGCUAAAAUAUUUUGAUCUCAAUUGUCGGGGUUUUUUUUAAUACUUAAGGCGCAAGACUCGAGGGCAGUCUCCCUGACCAAUCUCUAAGGGUCCCCUGAUAUCAGGGCUAAGGUGGCAAAAUGAG